AUGAUCACCAAAGCUCUACUUGCAUUGUCGCUAGUUACAUCAGUCUUGACUUUCAGCGUCCCUAAGCGCCAAUCAUCAGUUUGGAAUGUUGCAAACUUCAAGUCUUUGAUUACAUUUGGUGAUAGUUACACAGACGAGAAUCGAUUGAGCUAUAUACUUGGAAAUAACGGGACACUGCCAGCACCAGGCACAUAUUUUCCCGAAGGUCUGAACACAGCUUCUGGCGGCCGGACAUGGCCUCGAUUUACGGUUCAAUAUACUGGGACGACGACCAAUGGCAUUUGGAUACCUCAAGUCGAUUUAUACGAUUAUGCAGUUUCCGGAGCUGUGUGUAGCAACAACAUUACUCCUCGAAAUGUUUCGGGACGUGACUUUUUGUUCCCAGCUGUCCUAGAAUACGAAGUACCUGCCUUUCUCGCUGAUCGAGGUACUGUUCGAAACGGCACAGCUCAGACAUAUUUCUCUACAGCACUAUCCGCUUCUAAUGCUGUCUACAGUCUUUGGAUUGGCACAAAUGAUUUGGGUGUUGGCUUGUUCCUCACUGAUGCUCAAAUUCGCGGUUACACAUUGACGGACUAUGUCGAGUGUAACUUCCGUGUCUUCGACCAGCUCUACGCCUCUGGCGGCAGAUAUUUCGUCCUCUUCAAUGACGCUCCACUACAGUUAGCACCUUUGUACGCGAACGACACACUGAACGGCACUGGCAGCAAUCAAUACUGGAAUCCAAAGCCUGAGAAUCACACAGCUAUUGCCGAGAAAAUGCAUGAAUAUACGACUUCUGUCAACACAAUGUUCCGCUAUCAAGCACCAUACGAGAUGCUGAUUGCUGGUAGAUAUCCUGAUGCUCAUUUCGCCGUCUUUAACGUCUGGCAAUUACUCUCGGAUAUUUACGACAAUCCGACGUCCUACUUGAAUGGCAGUCACCCUGCGAAUGUGACUGGUUAUGAGAAACACUGCAACGUAAAUGGUACUGCUUGUACGCUGAUGUACGAUGGUACAAGUUCUGACAGCUUCAUGUGGUUUGAUGAGCUCCAUCCGAGUGAACAAACAGACAGAAUCAUCGCCAGAACAUUUGUCGAUGUGCUGAACGGAAACUCGUCCUACGCUAACUAUUAUUGA